CCAUCCCAAUUCCAACACUUUCUCACACUCUUCAAUCAUCUGACCAACAACACUUUUCGGCUUUCUUGUUCUUCUUCAGAACAUGAACUACCUCAACCGUGUCUUCAUGGCCGCCAGUGUUCCCACGGCGCCUGCCCCUUCCGACCAGGUCCACAGAUGGAACUCCGGCCUUAACUCCUUCCACAUCAGCCGGAGGCGUGACACGUCCUCCGAUCUCCGCCCUCCGUCUGGCGGAACCGGGACAGGGCUUUCUGGUGGAGGAGGAGUCGCUGGAAAGAGCGAGGAGAGACGACAGCAGUCCGAUGAGUCUCUGCAGCGAGUCAUGUACUUGAACUGCUGGGGUCAGGGUUAAGGUCGUCGCACUGCCGGACAUCGUGGUUUUCCGGCGUCGGGUCUUAAAUAUAAGUUGGAAGCUCGAAGUUACCGUUGAUCCGCAGCAGGGAGGAUAGGUUGUUGUGGAAGAUGAUGGGUAACUCGAUUAUUGAGUUGACCGGGUAUGGUGGUCGGAAUCUUGAUGUAAAUUGUACAGCAAUGACGAGUAAUAGAUGACCUUUUCUUUUCUCGUA